GCGCGGGGCUCGGCUCAACUCAGGCUUGGGAGGCGGAGGCUGGAGCUGCUGCUCCUCGGAGCUCUGAGAGAGGAGAAGCAGUAGCAGCAGCAGCCGCCGCCACCGCCGCCACCGCCGCCACAGCCACUGCAGUCCCGGGCAUCCUCCUCCUCUUCCUCUUCCUCUUCCUCUUCUUCCGCCUCCCCAGCGUCUCCUCCCCGCUUCCCUUUCUUGCAGCUGCUCUACUGCCUUCCCUUCCUCACUCAAGCGGGAGCCGCCUUUGGGUCUUCUCCGCUCUGUGUCUUCCUCCCCCCUCCCACCGCCCGGCGGGAACCGGCGGACCCCCGGGGGCAGCGCCCGCUGCUGCUGCUGGGGGGGGGACGGGCUGCGAUGAGGUUGGUCCAGAGAUGCCGGUCCCCUUCUACCCUCUCCUCCUCCCCUGGGGCGGCGGCGGGGGCGGGGGGCGAUGAGAAGCAGGGACUGGCUCCUCCUGGGAAGAACCCCUUCGUUCAUGACCUGCGCUUCACCCCGUUACAGAAAGUCCAGAUUGCCUUCAUGUCUUUGACUCUAUUUCCAAUCCGACUUUUGUUUGCUGCAUUUAUGAUGUUACUGGCAUGGCCAUUUGCAUUUGUUGCUUCACUGGGAUCUGCUGAGAAAGAACUUGAAAAGCCCCUGGCUUUAUGGAGAAAGGUAGUAGACUUUCUGCUGAAAGCCAUCAUGAGAACAAUGUGGUUUGUUGGUGGAUUUCACUGGGUGAGUGUGAAGGGCAGACAGGCCUUACCAACAGAAGCCGCAAUCCUGACACUAGCCCCACAUUCCUCCUACUUUGAUGCCAUUCCUGUAACAAUGACUAUGUCCUCUAUCGUGAUGAAAGCAGAAAGCAGAGACAUUCCUAUAUGGGGAACUCUGAUCAAAUACAUACGACCAGUAUUUGUAUCCCGAUCUGACCAGGAUUCUCGAAGGAAAACUGUUGAAGAAAUAAAGAGACGUGCACAAUCUAAUGGCAAAUGGCCACAGAUAAUGAUAUUCCCAGAAGGAACUUGCACUAACAGGACCUGCCUCAUUACCUUCAAGCCUGGUGCUUUUAUUCCUGGUGUUCCUGUUCAACCUGUAGUUUUACGAUAUCCAAACAAACUGGAUACAAUUACCUGGACAUGGCAAGGACCUGGAGCGUUGAAGAUUUUAUGGCUUACCCUAUGUCAGUUUCACAAUUUUGUGGAAAUUGAGUUUCUUCCAGUAUAUACACCUUCAGAAGAAGAAAAGAAAAAUCCAGCAUUGUAUGCAAAUAAUGUGAGACGCAUAAUGGCUAAGGCCUUGGGAGUUUCUGUAACAGAUUACACAUUUGAAGACUGCCAGCUGGCAUUGGCUGAAGGACAACUUCGUCUCCCUUCAAACACCUGCCUUUUAGAAUUUGCCAAGCUUCUGAGAAGCCUUGGGUUAAAACCAGAAAAACUUGAAAAAGAUCUGGAUAGAUAUUCAGAAAGUGCUAAGAUGAAGAAUGGAGAAAAAAUUAAUCUUUCAGAAUUUGCUGCAUAUAUGGAAGUCCCAGUUUCUGAUACAUUGGGUGACAUGUUUGCUUUAUUUGAUGAGGAUGAAAGCGGUAAAAUUGACUUACGGGAAUAUGUAAUUGCAUUAUCUGUAGUAUGUAGACCGUCCAAGACUUUGGAAACAAUUCAGCUGGCAUUUAAGAUGUACGAAUCACAGGAAGAUGGAAGCAUAAAAGCAGAGGAUUUGGCUUGUAUUCUGAAAACUGCCAUAGGUGUUUCAGAGCUUAAUGUCACUGAUCUUUUUAGAGCUAUAGAUGAGGAAGAAAAGGAGAAAAUCACAUUCGCUGACUUCAGCAGAUUUGCAGAAGUAUACCCAGACUUUGCAGAAGAAUAUUUAUAUCCAGAUCAAGCAAGUUUUGAAAGCUGUGUUCAAACACCCUCUGCUCCAACUCCUAAUGGUUUCUGUACUGACUUCAGCCCUGAAAAUACUGAAGAUGAGAGCAACCCCUUUCAGAAGAAAUUGAACUAAUAAUGAAGCAUCAUCUCCUUCUCCUGGUGAAGAGGAGAAGCCCUUGCCUAGGUUCCAUUAUCAUUCCAAUACACAUGACAUAUAUACUCCCUGUUACUUGUGAGAAUUCCCCUUUCUUUUUUUAGUCUCCCAUACAAUGUAAAUUUAUUGUCUUCAAACUUGUCUGGAAAUAUUUGGGUUUGGAUUUUUGUUGUUGUUGUUAUUUCUUUAUAAAAAGUCUGUGAGCACCAAGACUGUGAAUGUGCUACCUUCCUUGUACUGUAUGUGUAUUUGAAAAGAAGGCACAUCCUUAUUUAUAUUCCAUUGUUUUAAUUUUAUGUACAAAGUGUCUUAAAGAGUGUGCACGUAUAAAGAAUAAUAAUGUAGCUGCUGUGGUCUUAAGUGCACUUUGGUGAUUAGUGUUUUUCUGUGUUUGAGGACAGUUAAAUUCAGGCUAUAUUCAGUACUGAAUUUAACAAAUUAUGCAAAGGAUAUUGGUUAGUUUUUGGAAGGCACAAAAUGGUCUAAAAAUCUGGUUUUUAAUUUUCAUUAAAACAUUACGAAUAGUCUUUUAUGUUGUCAUUCCAUGGUAGUGCAAAAAGGUAGGGAGCUCUGACCCCAAGACAUUCUUUGUCUCCACUUGAAAAAUUUAAUUUGUUGUGUGUGUUUUUGGAGCUACUCUAAAAGACUUGCUAUCUUCCACAAAUACAAAAUGUGGAGGAUGCAUUUUCUCUUUUCUAUAUGUGUUUAAAUCUGUGUGGGAGCUUAUAAAUAUUUUUGUAAUUUUCAUUUAGAUACUUCAGGAAAUAUUCAACACUUUUGUGAAAGGGAAUUGUUUUCCUGUGUUUCCUCUCUUCUUCUCCCCCAACAACCCCAUAAAAGUGUGUGAGGAAUAUUUAAUUAUAGUUCUGGGUUUGUUUGGGUUUUUUUUUUUUUAAGUAGUAUAUGUACUAAACUCUUGGUUUUGGCUUUGUUUUAAAAUUCCAAAUAGAUUUCUAUUGAAGGAAGCUAUCCUAGCCACUUGAAGUCUGUUGGCUCAUAAAGGUACUCUUUAAUAGUCUAGCCCCUAACCAAAUAUAUCUUAGCUAUUUUCACUAAUUGUGGAUUAGGAUUCCUAUUUGGUGAAUUUUUAUUUCAUAUUGACAACUUUAGGAUUCUGUUGUAAAUUGAUUUAAUUCAAUAUAGCUUAAUCCCCAAUCAAAGUAUUUGCAUAUUGCUGAAAAUCUUAUCUAUAAGGACAAAAAAAGUGAAAGAUAACUCAAUGAAAGGAGUUCAAAACAUUUCAGGUUAUUGUAUUAUUUUAAUUGCUUUGGUAAACUGCAAUAAUAUUCGGAGUAGAAAAAUAAAUAUCUUAAAAUUUUUUCUGUCAAAUUAGUUUGAGUCGUUCUCCCUCCCCCAUUAAUUAUUUGUAUGCAAUCAGAUCUUUUUUAAGCUUAGGGGCUAGGAAUGAGUGGAAGGAAAAUGAACUAGGAAUGUUUUUCCUGUCUAUUCAGUCUUCCAAGAGAGAGAAAAAUCUGUCUAUUACAUUAAUAUCAAAACAGAACUUGUCCUGUAGAAGAAAAUAUAGUAGCAUAGAGAUUCUGGAGUUUGGUUUGCAGGCACUAGUGCAACUUUAUGUAUUUGCCAUAUUACCUGUCCCCCUUCUAAAAUGUUGAACUCUAAGUGUCACCUGGUAAAAUAGAUGAGAAAAUUCCUUCAUAUCUGGGAGGGGGAAGGGAAACAGUUUUACUGGGAUAUGUGUAUAGAAAAAAAAAUACAUAUAUAUAUGUAUGUAUUUUUUUUAAUUGUUCUCUUUGUGUCAGAGAGAUAAAAAUACAAGUGAUGCUUCCAGGAAGUUUGGAGGACAGAAUAAUAUGGUUUCCCCUUUGAUCCAUUUUGUGGUAUAUAAUUUUCCAUUCCUUUCUAGCCAUAAUUAAGCAAAAAUUCAUUUUUGAAGUCCAAUAAUUGGUCACAUGUUCUAGCAUGUUUCCUAAAGCAUAUAUAUGCCUCUGGACUAAAGUUUUCAUUUAUAAACAGAACUGGAUUUUUUUUUAUCUUAGGCAUCACUUUUACAAAAUGCCAGGAAAAUAGAGUAAAAGUCUCAUUUUCAUUAAGGAUCUUUAAGUUUUUUUUUUCUUUCUACCAGUAAGGAUUUUGAAAACUUGAAAUUUUGCAGUCCUAUUUAGAUAACAGUCAAAUUUCUUUGUGAAUUUUGCUAAUUUCUAUAUAAGAAUGUAGAUUUCUAUUUUUUAUUCAGAUCAAGGGUGAAAUAAGUCUACUAGAAUGAAUUUCAGAGCCUCAUAGGAUAUACUGGACACAAAACAACUCAGAUGUGGACUUUGUAGCUAAAAGUUAUUAGUAGAUAUUUUAUAUAGUGAAUAAAUAUUCAUUGUGUCCUUUAAAAGAAAGAUCCAAUGUUCAAAUAUGGUAUUUUUUAAAUGGUAAAUGAAAGAAGUUAAUAGAGCUGAGAUCCUGAGGGGAAGGGACCAAAAAAAAAAAAAGCCCAAUUCUGAAGUUGCCUCAAUUCUUUCAGGUCUGUAUAUGAAGUGAUUUUUGUAUGAUAUAUGUCAUUGGGCAUAUUCAGAAAAAAAAUCUCUGAUCCACAGACUUGUAUAGAAUGUUUGUACCUCCUGAUUUACUGUUUUUCUUAUGUAAUAAUGCUAAAUAGUUCAUGUGCAUUCAGAACUGUGAAUGUAGAUAAAUCUUAAGGUAAAUGACUCUUUUUGUCAGGUUGGGGAGAAAGGAGAGCUUUAAUACUUUUUAUGCUACCAUGGUUUUGAAAACCAGAAUUAGCAGGCAUGAAACAGCUGUUGAAGCCUGUGAAUGUAUAUGUUGGGAGGGUGGGGGAUAAAUGGGGACAGUCACAUUCAUUUUGUCAUUGUCUAUCACAAAAAAUAAUUUUGAAUUUUAAAUGUUGAAGUAAUAAAAUGUAAAAAUCUUAUAUACUUAAGCAUAUAUUUUGUUACAUGUUGUCUUUUAUUGUAAAGAUCAAACUAGAUGUGUCAUAUAUUUUGGAGGGCAAAUUUAACCAAAGUUAAUGUUUACAGUAGUACUUUUCUAUGUAAGAAUCAUUUUACAGCAAAAACAAUUAUAUAUAUGUAUAUAUGGAGGUAAAAGGAAAACCAUAGAAAUAUUCUAUUUAGAACCCUUUUUUAAAAGUUACUGUGUAUCUAGGAUUGAGACUUCAAGUCAUGGUUGCUGUUUGUCUGCUUCUAAUAUCAUAUUAGUACUUUGUUUACAUUAAACAGUCUAAUCAGGGUAGUAUAUAAAUCCUGUAUCUGAUGCCCCUUAUAAAAUUAUAAAUGUUGAAAAAACAGAAAUACUUAACUCUUUCUACAGAAUGUCUUUUAAUAACCAUGGCUAUAUAUAAGCUAGCUUUUAACAAUAUGCCAUGAUCUUCAGUAAUAUAGCACUAUAAUUUUUUUCUGGGAUAGUGACUGAGGAAGUGAGUUUAACUUUUUAUAAUUCCUAAUUUCUCUCUAGGUUCAUCAGAAAGAUUUUAAUUUAAUCAUAGAUAAAUGUUUUUUUUUUUUAAUUAAACAAUAAGCUUUGUUUUUAUAUCUGGAGGGCAUAAACCACUCACCUCCUAAAUAACAUCUCUUAGCCUCAUAUUUCUUCUUCCAGUAGUACCAGUCCCCUGCUCACUGAAGGGUGGGGUGUUUAGAGCUCUACAGCAACAUGCUGUCCAUAUAGCCUGAUCCCCUUGGAAAACUCAAUAUUCCCCUUGCAGGAAGCACAGGCUUUUUAUCCCUAUGAUAAUGAAUCUAUUGGAUAGCAGUGUUGUUUAAGCUGUGAAGCUGUUUUGGCUUCCCCUUGCUCCAGUCAUGGUCUGAUUUUUGCUGUAUUCAUGCAAAAAAGGUGAGUGUGGCAUCCUUCCUUUUCUUUCUUCAUUCCCCACUCCUUUAGGGUACAGAAAACCACCAAAUUAUCUUGGUACUGGACCACGCACCCAACAAGAGGAAAGAGUCUAAUCUCAAACAGGAGUUAUAUUAUUUCCCCCUCUCCCCCAAAAAAGUGGUUUACAUUUAUCUUCAUGUUGAAAUCUUAAUAUUCAACUAUCUUUGAAACAGUACUCUUGAAGAUUCUUUAUUGCACUGCAUCUAAUAAAGGGGUCAUAUUUUAAACCAAUAUUGGAUGUUGUACCUACUAAGAGAAGAUGGUAUAAUGGAUUGAAUUCUGGUCUCAAAGCCAGUGAAGACCUGGAUUCAAUUGCUGCCACUGAUCUGGUAGUGAUCUGGCCAACUGUGUAAUCAUUAACAAGUGACUUAUCCUUACAAUGCUCUGGGCAACCCACUGAGACCAUUAAUUAUAGAAAAAGAACAUAUUGUAUCUUUAUUGGUAGAGGGAUUUCUUUAUCCAGGAAGUGGAUCACAGGAUCACAAUUUUAAGUGAAAUUGUUUAUCCAGAUCCUAUCCCCUCCUGGAACAUAAAUGUUCUUUCAGUUUAUUGAAAUUGAAAACUUAGACCUUUUCCUUCAUUUACAUGAGGUAAUUCCAUCCUGUCAGAGAUAAUAUGUUUGGUUCUUCCAUUAUAUCCAGUUUUCUUCCUAAGAAAAAUCAUCUUUGUUAAAAGAAAAGAUGAAGCCACCCAUAAUAGGUAAUCCUUACACCAUUACAAAGAAGGGUUCUAUAUGGCAAAAUUAUAUUGUGCUAAUAGUUCCCUAUAGAUAUUAUUUAAAUUACAUCUAUAUUUUGUACAUAAUAAUCAUUUCUAACAAAUAUCUGCUGGCUAUUCCUAGGUAACAAUCAUACUUUGCAAUGAAAACUCCUAAUGAUUUUUACUGUCUGCUCCACAGGUAUCAAUGGAGAAAGAAGAAUUUAAGCCGUAUCUGAAUCCUUUAUAGUUUUUUUUCACAUCAAGUAUGUAAGCUUGUUCAAUGCAGGAACUGUUUAAUUUUUUUUCCUGGCAUACAUUUGACAUUUAAUAAUGGUUGUUGAUUAGUGAAAUACUCUUCACUUUCCUUCAUCUCUUUCCAACUCAAAUAUCUCCUCCAUUCUGUGUUCUCCUUGUCUCUAUAUAUCCCUUCUUCCCCACCCCCCACCCCCCCCCAAAAAAAGGAACCACUCAAAGACGCCAUUCAGAAUGAUCUUUAUGUUAAUAGAGGAGAAAGUCCAGAAGUUUUAUGCAUGACACCUGCCUCUGGUUAAUGUCUCCUGGGUCUAAGGCAUUUUUCUAAUAUACUAAUUCACUAAAAGGAAGGGGAGCAUUACACUAAAAUCUUGACUACAAAUGUGAUUUAAGGAAGCAUAAUACUUUUUUAUUUCAAAAUAAUUCAUCAGGUUUCAUGUGGUGAUAAGUAUAUGCAGAAUACUUUUUGAAGCUCUCUCUUUUUAAAAAUGUCUUUUACUGUGGCAUAAUUGAUAUUUCUUGGUUCAAAUGCAUCUCUCAAAUAGCAUCCAUGUCCCAGGUACCAAAGUGCACUGAUCUUGCAUUGAAUCAAAUCAUUUCAUAAUUAAUUUAAAAAGAAAAAAAUCACUGUAUCUUAUUAAUGGUGAAAGCUUGACCAUAGGUGAAUCCUUAAUCUUUAUCCCUCCCAUUCCAAUGAUAUUUAAUUGCUUUGGGGGCUUAAAAAAACCAAAAACUUGGUUUUAUGGUUUAUAUUAAAUUGUAUAGAAAAAGCACAUCCAUUGGAAACUUUGAACAUUUUGUAUAUUUUCUCAAGUUUUUAAAUAGUACAAAUCUAAUUUAACUGUAUCUCACAUGAUAUAGUAAUAUUUAGUAAAAAAAAAUUUUUUUCUUAAAAGAAUACCUCAAUUUGAGAAUUUUUCUUGUUAAUUGUAAAAUUAUGUCUUGUUUUGAUAUUGACUGUAAAAUACUAUGGAUUACCCUCAGCCAAGCAACAAUCCAGUUAUAUAAUUUUGAAUGAUACUUUGAGAGAAAUGCUGAUUUUCUCAAAGGUAAUAAAUAAGUGUCAGUAUUUGUUAUUUCACGAGACUCCUUGAAAGUCUUAAUGUGCACUGUGGAAUCACUGCUCAUUCUUCACAGUUGAACAUUUUUUCUUGUGAUUGGCUUAUUGUAAGUUGACUUUUCAGUGUUAAGUCAAAUAAAAAAAAAAGUAGCUGUUAAGCAAUUGA